AUGUCGCGCCCAAGCGCCUUCGGACAGAGGGAUAUCAAUUCCAAUCCCACCUCGGCAGCUCAAAGAAACCUCUCCCUGACCGAAGAGCUGGAGAAGCUGGAACAAUCCAUUACCUUGACCCUCCAAGAGAUCGAUCAUAACUUCAGUCGAGCCCACCGGAUCGUAACGACGAGCAUUCUGCCAGUUGUCGAACGAUAUGCAGAGCAUUCGAAAAACGUCUGGGAAGGCUCCAAAUUCUGGAAACAGUUCUUCGAAGCCUCGGCCAACGUCUCCCUCUCUGGCUACGAGGAACCUCCCGCCGACGACGAAGCCACCACCACAGAAGAAGACGAUCCCACCACAACCACGCCGUCAACGUCAACCUACGACUCCCCCCAGCCCAACACCCCUUCGAACCAGCCGUAUCCUAACGAAGAAACACUCUCUCCCUCCCCAACCAACAGCACGCCACGUCCGCCCAAGCAAAAACGGCCAAUAGCAACAGCCCCGUACUCUUCGCCAUACGAAACCCUCAAGCGAGAAACCCUUGCGCCUUCGCCGUCUGAAUCUACUCUUCCAUCCACACCCCGCGCCGCCGCUUCUCCAGUGCCUCAAUCAUCUCCUUUCGCUCCGCCUUCCACAUCUCACCACACAGCCCGCCGCACGCCCGCAAACGAUGUCCUUCUGCACCGCGUUCUGGACAAGAACUGGCGAAUACAGGCCACCCCACACUCCACCAUAAGACUGCCUCAGCGUAGCAAAUCAUUCACAGAUGCAACGCCGAAACCCAGCACAGCCAAGAAGGGUAGAGGCAGAGCGAAGGAGGACUUCGAUCUGGAUUCCUCUCCUGCAGUGCCUGCACCACAAUUACAUUCAGAAAUCUUCGAUACGCCGGCACGAAAGAGCCGUGUACCAGGAGUCAGUGUGCUCACUCCUGCAAGAGGGAGGACACACAGCGCCGCCGAAAGUGGGAAGAGGGGAAAGCAACAGCAGAUGUGGGAUAGUGACAGCGACGAUGGUGAAGACGAUAUGGGCGUCGGGAUGAGCCCGCCAAAGACGAUGCAAUUCCAUGUUCCGCAGCCGAGGUUGUUGAGGACGCCCGCACGGGAAGCUUCGAAGCGGAUUGUCGAGGAUUUGUUGCUUACGGCUGGUGGGAACGUGACGGAUGAUUUGGAGGAAGACAGCCCGAGUGUGGUUCAGAGAGCGAGAUUGGGAGACGAGGACACCUUUUGA